UUGCUGGAAUGUAAACAUGACUUUGCCUGCAACACAUCCUCUGAUGCUCCUUUUAAUAGGUGUCAUCUUUGUAAAAAGCGCAUCUUUAAGUUUAAUGAAAACAGUGAAGAGGGGAACUACGGUCUCUCUUCUGUGUUCAAACAUCUUGAGAGAGCCCAGUUAUGUUGCCUGGUUCAAGCACACAAGUGAUUCUCUGCCGCUUUGCAUCGCUACUCAAUACGUGGGUAAAAAACCAGCGGACUCCAUAUAUUUCAACGGCUUUCAGAAGAAUCAUUUAGAGAUGUCAGUGAACCAAACAUUUUCUUCCUUGAAGAUUGUAAAUGCGGACAUCUUUGAUUCUGGAGUUUUUUACUGUGGAAGCUUUUUGACGAACCGUAUGAUGUUUCACAAUAAAACACAGUUAGUGGUGGUAAAUGAUACUAGUCAGCCCGAUACAACAAAUGUGGUUUGGGUGACUGAACAAACUGAGAGAUCCUGUCACAUCUAUUAUACAAUGACACUGAUCUUGAGCGGCUUGGUUUUGCUCUCCACAGUUUUUGCCAUUGUGGUCUUCAUCCGGUUUAAGCAGAAAGAAGAUGCCCUGCACCAUCAAAACAAUGACAUGAACAAUCACUUACAGCAGAUACAAGAAGCAGACUUGAACUAUGCUGCUCUAAAUUUAAACAAGAAGAGGAGCAGAAGACCAAUGAGAUUGAAGGAGGUGGAGCCAAAUGUUGUAUAUGCUGCUACAAGGUGAUCCACCGAUCAUCAGACUCAACCUCUGUCACAAAACAAAAAUGAAACUCUGCUUAUGCUGAAGAGUACUAGUGUUAGAUGGUCUUCUCUCCCUCCUGAUCAUUUCAGAGGAUCUAUGAAAGAGGCCAAACUCAUUAAUGAGUUUGUGUCAUCUUUACAGAAUUAGGAACUUUGCUAAAAGAUAUCUGAAUAAUGGGCCGAUUUUAACCUGCAAAAAAAGGGGAAGUGGUACAACUUGUACAUCAUCUCUUCAUUUAAAUGUAGCAUAUUUUACUGAAGAUUUCUAAAAACUGUUAUUUUACUGAAGAUAUCUAAAAACUUUUUUUUUUAAUCAGAAUUGUAAUGACAAAUUUGUGUGAUCUUCGAAUAAACAUCAGAGCUCAUUUUAAGGUCAUUUAUUUAUUUACUUUUGUUUGAAAAAUGUAGAGCUGGAUAAUGUAUAUCAGCUGUGUCUUCAGUACACAAAAGGGAAAUACUACAAUUGUGUUUUGUUCUCCCAAUCACAGCAUGCAAUGUUCCUGUGUGCUAAAGAUAUAAUACUUAACUAUAAUUAUCUGACAAUCAGAACUCAUUAUUGGUCAGUUGAAAGUUAAAAAUACAGUUAUAUCACACUGAAGAUGUUACAUACAUGUUAUAGCUCUAUUUUUGUAAACUGCAUGAUCAGCUGUGUUUUCCAACUUCCAAAAAAGACAAUAUACUGCGAAAAAAUGCUCCUUGAAUCAUGGUU